UGCAUACAAAUCACGGUUGUGAUUCCAUGCGACGGAGCUCACCCUGUCAAUACCUCCGCACUCCCCACCUUCACCUUGCACAUGAAUCCUUACCCCAGCACCACACGGACAAGGGAUUGUAAGCCAUCCAUCCAAGUGUUCACCUCAUCAGCGAGCUUGGCUUUGCUAGCUCUUUGUCUUUCUGUAGCUGGCUUCGUGUCUACCUUCGUUCCCUUAUCACUUGAUCUUCGGCUACGUGUCCAGCUGGAGCUCUCCAAAGCGGAGCCUGGGUUUUGAGCUUUGGCAGGCUGCCGAGUCUGCCAGUGCAUUUUCUCUGGCACAACCCAAGCAUCCACCCCCACCUUAUUGGACAUGCACCUAUCACAAAACACCACCACCGCAUG